AUGCAGAUGGUGCUGGAGGAACGGGACCUGUGGGAGGUUGUCAGCGGCGAGAUCAAGGCGGAACAGUGCGUGACUCAGUUGGACCAAGCGGCUUACAAGAGGAAGUCAAGGAAGGCGAUGGCAGUGAUUUGUCUAGCCAUGGAAGAUUCCCAGCUACCGUUGGUCCGGUCGGCAAGUGGUGCAUACGACGCAUGGUCAAGGUUGGAAGACCACUUCGAGAAGAAGAGUCUUGCCAACAAGCUCUUCUUGCGACGUCGCUUCUUCACGACGAUGAUGGAAGAAGGCGACGAUGUGCUCGAACACAUCAACAAGCUCAAGACGUUGGCGGAACAGCUAGAAGCGGUGGGGGCCCCGGUCUGCGAGGACGAUCUGGUGAUCACACUUCUCGGCAGCCUGAGUGACUCGUAUCAAUUCUUGAUCACAGCUUUGGAGUCGCGCUCAGACACUCUUAGCUGGGAGCUCGUGACGUCUCGACUGCUUCAUGAAGAAAUGAAGCGGAAGGAGCAAGGAAGUAAAGGUGACGAAGCUUCGCAAGGCCAAGCGUUCAUCACAAGGGACAAUCAACGCAAAGGGCGACCAGCGAAGAAGACCUGGCCGUGCCACAACUGCGGGAAAAUUGGUCACUGGAUGGCAGAGUGCCCCUCGCGCAUCCAAGAAAACACGGAGAGACACCGGCCACAGCGCGCUAAGGACAGCGACGACCGUUAUCGAUCACAACGUGCAUACGUCGCUCAAGAAGAAGACUCGGGCGACUACCUCUUCUCGAUCGGUGAAACAACAUCUGCGAAAUCGAGCGACAUCCGGCUAAUCGACUCCGGGGCGACGCAGCACAUGACGUGCUCCAAUAAUUUCAUGCGGAACUACAAGGUGUUUAACACUGUGGAUGUCCAUCUCGCGGAUGAUGGAAUCGUCCAAGCAAUCGGCAGUGGCGACAUUGUUAUUGAGGGUUACCGAUACAAUCCGAACUUAAGCUUUCGGUCGUCAAGCUUCACACCUUUCAACAAAGAGCACUGGGUUGCAGUAAAGCGCAUCUUCCGCUACCUUCAAGGCACCAAGUCGCACGGGGUCUGCUACCAACCAAGCGACAAGAUCGACUUUCGCGGAUACUCCGACGCGGACUGGGCCGGCGACCACGCGGAUCGCAAGUCGACUUCAGGCUACGUGUUCAUGCUGCUCGGCGCACCCAUCAGCUGGGGAAGCAAGAAACAGUCAAGCGUGUCGCUAUCGACGAGUGAAGCGGAAUACAUCGCGCUGAGUCUGGCGAUCCAAGAGGGCAAGUGGAUCCAUCGCCUGCUAUGCGAGGUUCUGACGGCUGCCAACGAAGAAGGUCCAGAGCUUGUCAUCUUUGAAGACAACCAGUCGUGCAUCAAGAUGACGAAGAACCCAGUCAACCACGGCCGUGCCAAGCACAUCGACAUCAAGUAUCACCACAUCCGUGAUGAAGUCAAGCGCGGCGAAGUGCAGCUUGAGUAUUGCGAGACGGCGACCAUGUUAGCGGACAUCAUGACGAAGGGACUACAUGGACCGCGCCACAAGGACUUGACGACGGCUCUCGGCAUCCGUGCAAGUUCGGAUUGA